AUGGCUCCACGAUCAUCACUCAUCCUCCUCCUCGUUCUGCUAGCGCAUAUCGGCGUUGGCAAGUCGCAGGAUGACAGCCAGCCAGUCCGGGCCCCAUCAUCCGCCAACGCCUCUGAGAAUCACCUAUCAUGGCAAUCCGCCUUUUGGGCACUCCUUGCCCUCGCCCUCAACACGGCAACCCAACCAUGCGGGCAGAUAUGCGGUUUACCCUCGGAAUGGGGCUUUGUCCUCAGGUGGUCGCCGGUUGUUUGCAUCAUAAACUCAUUGGAAGCCCUCAGCUGCCUUCGCCUCCACCGCCGCGACUCUAAAUUGACUCUGGUCGUCGCACCGCACAAAUACGACACGGGAAUGGAUAGCUCGAACAGUGACGUGGCCAACCUGCAGCGCAACACAUUGGUCCGUAUUGUCGCUUUUAUACUAGGCCCUUUAUUGCAAGCCGCCAAGUUAUACGCUUGCCAAGGCAUCUUCUGGGUUCAGGUUCUAGCAACGAUAUAUCUCGCCAGCUUCCUCUGCGACGAGUUGUUGCUCGGUCUCCUGUGGGUAGCCGGAUCCGCCGGGGGCCGGAACAGAGUGACCGGGCUGGUCGAAGCUGUGGCGGGGAGCCUACUCCGCCCUCCGGCCCACAUCCCGCAGCUUAGACUUGAGGCGGCUGCGGACGAUCAACUUCGAGACAGCCGCACGACUUUGAGACAAGGUCUGGCCAUUGCCGCCUCUCACUUGCUGUUGGCAUGGUUUGUCGUCGAAACUAUUACCGGAGCAUACAUGACGCAUUUUCAUGCUGUUAUGUUUAGUAUGCUUGGAACGGCUUUCCUUGGCAGCAUCGCGUCGGGCAUCUUUUGCGGCUUGCGUUCCCAUAAGAAACAGCAAAAGGCGGCACAGGUCUUCAUGGACAUCUUGUUUGGCAUAGGCAAUGUCUUAUGGGUGACUGGAAUUGUGAUUGCCAUUGGAGAGAAGUGCCAGGAACUAGCGGUGAUUGAAGAAAACGGUAUCAUCCACUUCAACACCAAUGGUUCUCGUAACAGAUGGGCCUGGAAAAUUGGACUUGUCCUAUGGACUCUGGAGAUUUCUCGCUGGGCCCGAAAUCACCUCACAACAAGCAAUCGAUAUGGGAUCCCAAAGCCAGUGGACAUCAUUCUUCCACUUUGGGCGGGUGCUCAUGUUGUGGUCGCACUGGCCAUGUUUCGCUUUGCGUAUGAUCCGAGUCGUACCUACAAACCAGCUUGGACUGAUGUGCUGGGAUAA